AUGGAAGGAAACAUUGCAGCACCACACUGGGAAGAUCUCACUGAAAAUGAGAUGACGCGUCUUGCGAAAAUCUUGAAACCUGUUGAGAUCCACUCCAGAAGGACGCAAAACGCCAUCACAAUGCAUCUAACUUUAUUGAUGCAGACACUGGUCAAUAAGCUACGGGAUAAUGGGAUUGAUAUCAAUGGAGUUUACUUGAUUGGAGGAGCAGCAUCCUAUGUGGUUUCCUCCGUCCACAUAUUCAACGACAUCGAUUUAAUGAUGUCAGUCGGAGCUCCGAAUGGUUAUGAAGAAGAAAAAAAACUGUUCAAUUCAAUAAGAGAUUUGGUGGUGAAGUGCAUUGGUCAAAUGACCGCAAGUGCAGGAAGUCAGUACUUCCAUAAAACACACCUCACCCACAAUAAUAAUGGUGAUAGUUGGUCACUUUUAAGCUUGUAUAAUAUGUAUGGGAAGAAUAUUGAGCUGAAGUUUGUUCUCCGUCUCGCAAGAGACUUCAUCUUUUCAACGGAUUCUAUAAAAGUGGACAUUUCUCCUCAAGUCUUCGAACUUUCCGGGGAAAAUCGGAUGACCUCAAGCUUUGGAAAUUUAGAAGUGGCCAAGUAUCACAUCCAGAAUAGGAUGAUUGAUACAAUCAACCCUGAUCAAAUAAAAGGGGGCGGAUUUUUGAAAUUUGUUCAUCUAAAGUGCAAAAAAUAUAAGGACGCAAAAAAAGAUGAAAAUCUAGAACAGCUACUCGUAGCAAUGACAGAAGGAUUUCUUCGAGAACCGUAUCAAUUGGAAAAGUAUUUAGCUAACCAUUUUCGUCAGCAAGAUGUGAAUUAUAAAAUAGGAUUCCUACGAAAAUUUUGGGAUAUUUGCAACAAACCGUGCUUACAAAUCUUCUCAGAAGAUUUGGAGCGGUUCAAAAAUACAGCUCUAGGAAUCUGUAGACGACUCGAGCAGUGA